AUGCACGACUUGCGCAAGCAGGUGCUGCUCGAGAGCGGCAAGACGCUGUCGAAAAAGGCAAAGGCCAAGCAGGCCAUGGGCUCGGCCGCCAGCUCAAAGCAAAACUCGCCCAACGCCUCGAGGGUCGCCAGUCGCCAGGCCUCGGACGAUGAGGCUGAUUUCAGCGACUCGACUACUCAGUUCAGUGUCAACUCCUUCGACGAACUCCGACCCGAAGACAUCGACGCGCCCGAGGAUGCUUGGGUGGCACAGCUGAACGAGCGCAUGGAACAUCUCAUCGAACGCAAGAGAAGCAGUGUACAAGGCCGCGAAGAGAGUCUCUCGGUUCUUUCGCAUCUUCUUAUGGCCCACUUCGCUCAGCGCUAUGUCCGUCCAAAGCUCAGUGAACUGGUCCCGGCUCUACUCAAAUGCGCCAAAGGUGGUCAGUCGGAUACUGAAACCGCUUUGGCCCUCAAGGCUCUGAGUCUGUUGAUCAUCACAGAGUCCUCCGACUCCAUCUACGACGCCAUGAUCCGUCCUCUCAAGGGCAUCAUCUCCUCUUCAGAAUCAUCCUCGGUCAUGGUCGCUGCUAUUCACACCCUCGGUGUAGCGACAUUCUACGGCGGCGUUGGUUUAGACGAAACGCAGGACAUUAUGGAUUUCUAUCUCGAGGUUAUCGAGUCUGAUGGUCACUCCAUCGAAGCAGGUGACGAUGGAAACGUCGUAGCUGCUGCUUUGCAGGAGUGGGGCUUCCUCGCGACCCAGUUUGAAGGCAUGGAGGACACAAGCGAAGAGCCAAUGGAGGCCUUCGUCGAACAGCUCGAGUCCAGUGACUCGAGUGUCGUAAUUGCUGCUGGCGAGAACAUCGCUCUUCUCUUCGAAAAGAGUUGGUCAGAAUUGGAAGAAGACGAAGAGCCUGAACAUCAGAGCGAUGAUGAUGACGAGGAAGAGGCAGAUCCAACUGCAAAGGGCAUGGUCAAGCGCUACACUGUGUGGCGUCAGGAACAUCAGCUCAAGCACACGCUCAGUGCUCUCGCUCAGGCGCACGGCAAACGCAUGUCCAGGAAGGACAAGAAAGACUUACAUUCCAGUUUCGCCGACAUUCUCAACACGGUCGAGCACCCAACGAGGGGCCCUCGCUACAGCAACGCCAUCGAUCAGAACACGAAUAGAGCUUACGGCUCACGCAUGGUUGUCCACAUUGGCAAGAACACUAUGAGUAUCGACAAAUGGUGGAAACUUCAUCGUCUACAAUCACUGCGCCGUGCACUUCAAGGUGGAUUCAUCGUCCAUUAUGAGGACAACGAGGUCGUGUUUGAUUCUUUGCCUGUCACGUUGGACUAG